AACCCUCUCAGGAGGGUGGUAAGGAUCAUGUCUUGGCCAGUUCCUCUUAUUUGCCUUUUGGUUUUUUUAUUGAUACUUACAGGAUUAGAUGGUAAAUCUGAGCAGCAUGAAUUGUAUCGACAAAGGAGAAAUAUAAACUACCAACAACAGCCUCGUAUGACCUCAGAGAGGGGCAACUUAGUAUUUAUUACUGGAUCUGCCCAAAGUAUUGAGUUUAGGACUGGAAUCCAGGGGAAAGUUAAAAUCAAUGAAGAAGAUCUUGGUGAAUGCUUAAAUCAGAUCCAAAAAAACAAGAAUGACAUUACAGAAUUAAAAAGGAGUGGCAGUGAUCUUCCUCACAAUGUUUCAUAUCAAAUCACUCACCUCAGUAACCAGCUUAUGGAUCUUCAGAGGAGAUUCCAAAGUUUACAGCAGACAGUCCAAAGAAAAGUUUGCAGCAGUAACCCCUGUCAGAAUGGUGGCACCUGCCUCAACCUACUCGAUUCAUUUUUCUGCCUCUGUCCCCACAAUUGGAAGGGUCCUGUCUGCUCAGCAGAUGUGAACGAGUGUGAGAUUUAUGCUGGAACACCUCUGAGCUGCCAGAAUGGAGGCACUUGCUUUAAUACAGCAGGAAGUUACAGCUGCACCUGCAGACCUGAGAACUAUGGACCCCAGUGUGCUUCUGCGCAUAACGAUUGCCACCAGGGCUCGAAAGCUCUCUGUGGGAAUGGCAUCUGUGAGGAUUUGGACCGUGAGCAGAUGGAGGUGCCCAAGUAUAGAUGCCUCUGUGAUGCAGGAUGGAAGGCAGAACCCCACGGUGUCGCCUGCGUAGAUGAUAUAGAUGAAUGCAGUCUUCCAGAUCCUCCCUGUUCUCAGGAUCCUCUGGUGGAGUGCAUCAAUACCCAAGGCUCUUUCUAUUGUGGAGCCUGCCCUAUAGGCUGGAAAGGAAAUGGUUACAGAUGCCAAGAUAUUGAUGAAUGUGAGACUGAUAAUGGAGGGUGUUCUGUAGUACCCAUGGUCCAGUGUAUCAACACAGCUGGGUCCUAUCACUGUGGCUCCUGUCCCCCAGGUUAUCAAGGAAAUGGAAAAGUUUGUACCGAAAUAAACGUCUGCUUAGAGAAUAAUGGAGACUGCCAUCCAAAUGCUGUAUGUACCCCUGGCCCAGGUGUUAUACCCACCUGUACCUGCCAGCCAGGAUAUACUGGACAUGGUUAUGGACCAAAUGGAUGUGUCCCACUCAGCCACAUUUGCCUCACUUCCCCCUGUGUUAAUGGAGAAUGCAUUGAAACAGUUUCUGGCUAUCAUUGCAAAUGUAAUCCAGGCUGGGAAGGCAUCAACUGUACAGAAAACAUCAAUGAAUGUUUAAGCACCCCUUGUUUCAAUGGUGGCACCUGUACCGAUGGCAUUAAUGGUUAUACCUGUGAAUGUACAAGUUCUUGGACUGGCUCCCAGUGUCAGACUCCCCAGCAAGCUUGUGGAGGUUUACUUUCUGGGCUUAGAGGGUCCUUCAGCUACCCCAAUUUACAGUUCUUUGAAUAUAACAGCAACGUUAAUUGUUUCUGGAUUGUCCGAACAGAAGAAAGAAAGGUUUUACGUGUAACUUUCCCAUAUUUCCAACUAGAUUCAAGAGACAGUUGUCAUAAUCAGUUUCUUCAGAUUCAUGAUGGAGAUUCUUCUGGAGCACAUCCACUUGGAAAAUAUUGUGGCUCUAGUCAUCCUUCUGAACUAAUCAGCAGUAAUAAUGCUCUGUAUUUUUAUUUCCACUCUAACUUACCAGUGAAUGAAAAGGUCUUCACAGUUAGAUGGGAAACUCAACAACCCGAAUGUGGUGGUUUAUUGACUGGUACUUAUGGCUCCAUAAACUCUCCUGGAUAUCCUGGGAAUUAUCCUCCCAACAGAGACUGUAUCUGGAUCAUUACAACUUCUCCUGGUUUAGUCCUAACAUUUGCUUUUGGUACCCUCAGUUUAGAACAUCAUACUAAUUCCAGUGAAGACUAUCUUGAAAUUCGAGAUGGACCCCUGAGCCAUGACCCUGUGCUCAGGAAAUUCUACAGCACCUUGUCAGUGCCGCCUCUGGAGACCACUGGUCCUUUUGCCUGGAUUCAUUUUCACUCUGAUUCGGUGGGGAGUGACAGAGGCUUCCAUAUCACCUAUGUCACUUCCCUUGUGGACUCUGAAUGUGGAGGAAAUUACACAGAUGCGGAAGGGACCCUCAUCUCUCCUGAUUGGCCCAAUUCUUACAUUCACAACAGACAAUGCCUUUAUAUUAUUACCCAGCCUCCUGGUGAAAGGAUCCACCUCAACUUUACCCACGUGGAACUAGACGGCUGGAGCCACUGCUCACAAAGCUCCAUCGAGGUUCGAGAUGAUGAAACUUUACUUGAAAAAUUGUGUGACAGCAAGAUUCCUGUCUCUGUAUACUCCAUUUCCAAUAGCAUCUGGAUCAGGUUUAAGUCAGCUCUUUCAGUACAAAAAGCCAGUUUCCUGGCCUUUUACCAAGUUGCUUGUGGGGGUGAGCUAACAGGAGAAGGGACCAUUCGCACACCAUUCUAUCCCAAUGUCUACCCUCAUGAAAAAACCUGUUACUGGAAAAUCACUCAGCCCCAAGGUCAAGUCAUCAUCCUUAACUUUACUGAUUUUUGGAUUGACAGUUCUGCCAACUGUGACACUGAUUAUCUUGAGAUUGGGAACAGCCUCAGUAUGGACCCUUCUCAGACCACAAAGUAUUGUGGUUUAGAUGUUCCUGGAUUAGUACCUUCCAUAUACAAUAUUGUCUAUAUCAGAUUCAGGAAAAGUGCCUCUUCUACAAAUUAUGGAUUCCUAGCUCAGUACAGUGCUACAAACCUGGCAUGUGGGGAAAUUCUUACUGCUCCAUCUGGCAGUUUUACCAGUCCUGGUCAUCCAAACAUCUAUCCACAUGGUGUCAACUGCACAUGGUUAAUAUCAGUCCAGACUGGCUACCGGAUCCGGCUAUCAUUCCUAAAAUUUCAUCUGGAUUUCCAUUACAAUUGCACCAGUGACUAUCUUGAAGUCUUUGACAGUGGCACUAAAACAACUCUUGGCAGGUAUUGUGGAAAAUCAGUUCCCCCAUCGAUCAUGAGCAGCAGCAACAUAUUGAUGCUGCGGCUAGUGACGGAUGCUGACAUAGCUUAUGAGGGCUUUUCUGUGACUUACACUUCAAUUGAUGCUUCAAAGGCAUGCUUAGAAGACUAUACAAGUCAAUUUGGUUUUCUAUACUCUCCUAACUUCCCCAGUAACUAUCCCAACAAUGCGGAAUGCAUUUAUACAAUCUCAGUGGAAAGAGGACAUCAGAUUGCAUUGAACUUUGCCAACUUUUCCUUGGAGGAUCCGAUAGGUCUAGUUUGUAUUGCAGACUAUGUGGAAGUCAAAGAUGGAGGCCAUGAAAACUCACUGUCCCUGGGAAAACAUUGUGGAACAGAUAAACCUCCAAUGAUAAUCUCCCAUAGUAACAAAUUGUGGAUAAAAUUUAAGAGUGACUCUUUUGAAACACAUUCUGGAUUCUUUGCUUAUUGGGAUGCAUCAUUAACAGGCUGUGGUGGAAAUCUCACUACUCCAGUUGGCACCUUCAUGUCUCCUAACUAUCCAAUGCCUUACUACCACAAUUCUGAAUGUUUCUGGUUGCUGAAGUCCAGCAGAGGCAGCCAGUUUGAACUCACGUUUCAAAAAUUCCACCUAGAGAGUCAUCCCAAUUGCAGUUCAGAUUAUUUGGCUGUCUAUGAUGGUCUGACUGAAGAUGCUAAUCUCCUAGCCAAGCUUUGUGGAAAUGAGAUACCCCCACUGAUUCGUUCCAGUGGAGAUAGCAUGUUCAUAAAACUGCGAACAGAUGAAAAGCAGGAGGGUGGUGGUUUCCUGGCCGAAUAUGCUCAGACUUGCCAGGACGUGGUGAUUGCCAAUCUUUCUCAUGGCGUCCUAGAAAGUAUAAAUUAUCCAAAUCCCUAUUUUAAAGCUCAGAAUUGCAACUGGACCAUUGAAGUAACAGCUGGCAACACAAUAAACUAUACUUUUUUAGCAUUUGAAUUGGAAGAUGAUGAAAACUGUACUGUGGAUUAUUUAGAGCUGUAUGAUGGACCUCAACUAAUAGGCCGUUACUGUGGAGCAGAACUACCUCCUCCUGGAUCAACCACAGGGUCCAAGUUGCAUGUGAUCUUCUGCACUGACUGGCUUGGCCAUAAUGAAAUGGGAUUCCAAAUGUCCUGGAACCUCAAUGGUUGUGGUGGGGAGCUAACUGGACCUUCUGGAUUCUUUACAAGCCCUCAGUACCCAGAAAAGUAUCCACCCAAUAAGGAGUGUAUCUGGUACAUUCACACAGCCCCAGGAAGCAGUAUUCAGCUUACCAUUGAAGACUUCGAUGUAGAACACCACUCAAACUGCAGAUUUGAUGUCCUUGAGGUUUAUGGUGGCCCUGAUUUUGAUUCUCCUCGGGUGGCUCAGCUGUGUUCUUCCAGAUCAAGAGAGAAUCCUCUGCAAGUGUCGAGUGCUGGAAAUUCAAUAGCAGUCAGAUUCAAGACUGACAGCAGCAUAAACGGGAGGGGUUUCAAUGCUUCGUGGCUAGAGAUCCCUGAUGGUUGUGGGGGCAUUUUCCAGGCUUCCAGUGGAGAAAUCCAUUCUCCAAACUACCCCCGUUCUUACAGGAGUAACACAGACUGUUCCUGGCUUAUUCAAGUGGACAGAAACCAUCACAUUCUCUUAAACUUUACAGAUGUUGACUUUGAACUACAGGAUGCAUGUAUUACUGUCCAUGAUGGUUUAAGUGCAACAUCUGCUCUCCUUGCCAACCUUUGUGGAAGACAACAACCCUUCCCCAUCAUCUCGUCAAGAAAUAUCCUAUUAGUGAGAUUCCAGUCCAGAGGCACCAGCCAGAGCAGAGGCUUCCGGGCUCGCUUCACAGAAGCCUGUGGAAGCUUCAUACUCACUGAUUCCAUUGGUUCUAUUUCCUCUCCUUUGUUCCCGGCCAAGUACCAAAAUAACCAGAACUGCAGCUGGAUAAUUGAAGCUCAACCUCCAUUCAAUCACAUCACCCUUUCAUUUAUUCACUUUGAACUUGAACCCAGCCCAAACUGCUCACGGGAUUAUAUAGAAAUUUUGGAUGGAAACGAUUAUGAUGCUCCCCUCCAAGGCCGUUACUGUGGCAGAAACAUGCCCCUUCCUAUCACCUCCUUUGGCAAUUCUCUGAUUGUGAGGUUCAUCUCGAAUCAAUAUGUCGGUUAUAAGGGUUUUCAUGCUACCUACACGGCGUCUUCAUCAGCCUGUGGCGGAACUUUCAAUAUGAUAGAAGGAGUCUUCAACAGUCCUGGCUACCCGGAUAUUUAUCCUCCCAAUGUGGAAUGUGUCUGGAACAUCCCUAGUUCCCCUGGAAACCAACUCCAGCUGUCUUUCAUUACCUUCCAAUUAGAAGAAAGUGAAGGUUGUACUAAAGAUUACCUGGAGAUCCGUGAAGGAAAUGCCACAGGACACCUGUUUGGGCGCUAUUGUGGACACUCUUUGUCUGUUGAGUAUAAAUCAAUAGCUGGACAUGUCCUGUGGAUCAAAUUUGCCUCAGAUGGUUCAGGCAGUGGGACGGGCUUUCAGGCCACCUUUGUCCACACAUUUGGCAAUGAUGAUAUUGUAGGAACUCAUGGGAAAAUUGCUUCUCCAUUAUGGCCCAGAAAUUACCCUCAUAACUCUGAUUACCACUGGACAGUGAAUGUGAAUGCUUCUCAAAUUAUCCAUGGCACAAUCCUGGAGAUGGACAUAGAGAGGACAAUGGGCUGUUUUUUUGAUAAAUUAAUGAUCCACGAUGGUCCCAGCAUUCAUUCCCGACUUCUUGGAACCUACUGUGGGACGGACACAAGUUCCUUCACCUCCUUUCAAAAUUCUAUUACAUUUCAUUUCUUCUCAGACUCUUCCAUCUCAGGAAAGGGAUUCCUUUUGGAAUGGAAUGCAGUAGAAUCUCCUUCAGAACCUGUGCCUACCAUUGCUACAGGUGCCUGUGGGGGUUACCUAAGAACUGGAGAAGUGCCAGGGUUCUUCUUCUCUCCUGGGUGGCCUGAAAAUUACAACAAUAGAGCUGAUUGCUCUUGGAUCAUCCAGGCCCCAGAUUCAACUGUUGAGCUCAACAUUCUUUCAAUGGACAUUGAAUCUUAUCAGUCAUGUUCCUAUGAUAAACUUGUGAUCAGAGAUGGAGACAAUCAUGUCGCCCCAGAGCUGGCUGUUCUCUGUGGGCGAGAAGUCCCCGGACCCAUCCGAUCCUCUGGGGAGUACCUGUUCAUCCAUUUCACGUCAGACUCGAGUGUGACUGGUGCAGGCUUUAAUGCUUCUUUCCAUAAGAGUUGUGGUGGCUAUUUGCAUGCAAGCAGAGGAGUGAUUACAUCCCCUAAUUACCCAGAAGCCUAUCCUCCUAAUCUCAACUGUUCCUGGCAUGUCCUGGUUCCCAGUGGUCUUACCAUUGCUGUCCACUUUGAACACCCAUUUGAGAUCCACAAUGUUGACUCUUCAUGUAUCCACGGCGACUAUUUGAUGAUGAAAAAUGGCCCUGACAGCUCCUCUCCAGCUUUGGGAAUCAGGGAAGGAAAUGGCCGUUUUUGUGGCAGCCAUGCCUUCUCCACUCUCUACACCACAGACAAUGAGAUGUUUGUUCAGUUUGUUUCGGAUAACAGUUAUGAAGGCCAAGGGUUCAAGAUCCAAUAUGAGGCACAGAGUUUGGCCUGUGGUGGCAACAUCUACCUCUCUGAGUCCAACAUCGAUGGAUACGUGACCUCACCCAAUUACCCUGACAACUAUCCACUGCAUGUUGAUUGUGUUUGGACCAUAUCUGUCCCAACGGGGAAGCUUAUAAAGCUGCAGUUUGAAGAUCAGUUUAAUAUCAAAAUAUCCCCCAACUGUACUUCCAGUUACCUUGAAGUGAGGGAUGGAGGAGAUUCCAAUGCACCAGUACUCUCCAAAUUUUGUGGAUCAUCUUUGCCUGGUAGUCAAUUGUCCUCCGGUGAUAUGGUUUAUUUACGGUUUCGAUCGGAUGACAGCUCCACCAAUGUUGGCUUUAAAGUCAAGUAUUCUUUAGCUGUGUGUGGAGGAACACUCGGGGGACUGAAUGGGGUCAUUGAAAGCCCUCAAUAUCCUGUGCAUCCUUACCCUGAAAAUCUGCUAUGUGAAUGGUAUCUCCAGGUUCCAUCAGGGCACUAUCUCACUCUCCACUUCGAAAAUCUGGACCUUCAAAAUUCUUCUAAUUGUGAGAAGGACUUUGUAGAGAUCCGGGAGGAAGAUGCUUCUGGAAAUGUCCUAGGCAGGUUCUGUGGAAACACCAUUCCUGAAACUAUUGACACACGUAGCAAUCUUGCUUUCGUCAAAUUUGUCACAGAUGGAUCAAUCAGUGCCCCGGGUUUUAAACUGGUCUUUGAAGCCAGUCUAGAAGGUUGUGGAGGGUAUCUAAAUGGACCCUCUGGGAUAUUCACUUCUCCCAGAUAUCCUAACGCAAAUUUCCAUAGUCGAGAAUGUGAGUGGAGCAUCACUGUGCCAGAGGGAAGGCGGGUUACUCUGACCUUUACCAACCUGCGACUAGAAGACCAUUCAUCAUGUGAUACUGAAUCUGUGACAGUUUUCAAUGGUAUUCUCAAUAACUCACCCCAAUUAGAGAGAAUUUGUGGUCCUGUGAGUGCAAGGGAUUUUAUAGAGUCUUCAGGGAAUACAAUGAAAGUUCUGUUUGUCACCGAUGGAUCCAGACCCUAUGGGGGUUUCAGUGCCUUCUAUUCAUCCAGUGAAGAUGCAGUGUGUGGAGGGGAACUUACAGAUCCUCAUGGAGGCAACUUUACUUCUCCUGGUUAUGAUGGAUUUAGCAACUAUGCUAAGAACCUAAACUGUGAGUGGACCAUCACCAAUCCAAAUAGUCACAACUCAUCCAUUUACAUUUCCUUUGAGGAUUUCCACCUAGAGCAGCACCAAGACUGCCAUUCUGAUGCGUUGGAGUUCCGAAUUGAACAUGCUGGUGGUCCUCAAAUAAUAAAAAUUUGUGGACAGUCAUUACCCACAGUACCCUUUGCCAUACCCUUUCCUCAGAUCUGGGUGCACUUUGUAACCAAUCAACUUGUGGAAAAGACUGGAUUCCAGGCUCAUUAUUCCUUCACAGAUUGUGGCGGCAUACAGACGGGUGAAGGAGGAGUGAUCACUAGCCCAAAUUAUCCAUCCCCAUAUGGAAAAUUGAGCCACUGUGCUUGGUUGUUGAAAGCUCCACAAGGUCACACCAUCACUCUUUCUUUUACGUCCUUUGACAUUGAGAACCAUAUCAUAUGUUUGUGGGACUCUGUCACUGUUCUCAAUGGAGGUACUCUAGCAUCUCCUGUAAUAGGACAUUUUUGUGGAAUGACAAUCCCCAAGCCAAUACAGUCCGGUUCGAAUCAACUGUUGGUCAUCUUUAACUCAGACCAUUCUGUGCAACGAGGGGGGUUUUCUGCCACAUGGACCACACAGACUCUAGGUUGUGGUGGAAUACUUCAUUUUGACAGCGGUAUAAUCAAGUCUCCUCACUGGCCUCAAAAUUUUCCUGUGAAUAGCAGAUGUACAUGGACAGUCAUUGUACAUGAAAGCAGACACCUAGAGAUCAGCUUUGACAAUAAUUUCCUGAUUCCCAGCAGUGAUGGACAGUGUCAAGACAGCUACAUAAAGGUUUGGGCAGGGACUGAGGCAACAGAAGCAGCCCUGUUGGCCACAGCUUGUGGAAGCGUGCCCCCCAGUCGCCUCAUCCUUCCAAGAAACUCCUUCACUGCAGUGUUUCAAUCUCAGAAUGCCACAGGGCCAGGCUUCUCUGCAUCAUACAGAAGCAGCUGUGGAGCUAACUUCACCAGUCCUUCAGGGUACAUCGUUUCUCCUAACUAUCCACGUCAGUAUGAUAACAGCAUGAACUGCAUCUAUAUCAUCAAGGCAGGCGAACGAGACAUAGUAUUGUUAGAUUUCCAGUCUUUCCACCUACAGGAACCUUCAUCCAUAAGUGGAAUGUGUACCAAUGAUGGAGUAAAAAUUAUCCGAGGUUAUGAAGCAGACUCCAUACAUAGUGCUGUAUUUUGUGGUAAUGAAAUUCCUAGAAGCAUGAGCAUCAUUGGCCCAAUGAUACUCAAUUUCUACUCUGACAAUAGUGAAACAGACUUUGGAUUCAAGGCAACGUACACAAUACUUCCAUGUGGUGGCGUAUUCAACUCAUCCAUUGGUAUCAUCAAAAGCCCAGCCUAUUCACGAGCAAACUACGCCAACGAUUUGGAGUGUUCCUACCUCAUUACUGUUACAAAUGACAAAGUGAUUGCACUCAAGUUCAAUGAUUUUGAUGUGGCCAUUUCCCCCUCCUGUUCUGCAGACUACUUGGCCGUGUAUGAUGGUCCAAAUAUCAACGCUCCACUUCUCGGUACAUUCUGUGGGUCAGUGCUUCCACCAAAUAUCAAAAGCACCAACAAUAGCUUGUUCCUGGUUUUCAAGACAGAUUUCUCUGAAACAGCAAAAGGUUGGACGUUAUCUUACAGAGAGACAUUAGGACCUCAGAAUGGAUGUGGAGGUUUUCUAACAAAUUCAAAUUCCACUUUUACUUCUCCUGAUUCCAAUGCUGAUGGCAUAUAUGACAAGAACUUAAACUGUGUAUGGACCAUAAUAGCCCCUAUCAACAAAAUCAUCAAUCUGACCUUCACUACAUUUUCCCUAGAAUCAAGCAGUUUUUAUCGGGGAUGCAUUUAUGAUUAUGUAAAGAUAUAUGACGGCUACAAUGAAAAUGCCAAUUUGGUCGGUACCUUUUGUGGUUCCAUUCCACCUGCCCCUUUUAUCUCCAAAGGCAACUUCCUCACAGUCAAAUUUGUCAGUGAUGUUUCUGUGGAAAAAAGAGGAUUUAAUGCUACUUAUACCACCUUGGACUUGCCCUGUGGAGGAACAUUCAAUGCCACGCAGACCCCCCAGACCACUGGGUCACCCCAAUCUCCAAACCUGUUUUUUCCACUGUUCGCUUGCACUUGGAUCAUUGAUGCACCUCCCCAGCAGCGAGUCAAACUGGUAGUUCAAACGUUUCAGCUGCACUCUGAGGACUGCUCUGAGAAUUACCUACAGAUUCAGGACUCUCCAGAGAAUGGUGAAAGCUCUGUACAUCAAUUCUGUAGCAAAAAUGCAACUGCCGUGCCUAAAUUUUAUUCUUCUGGGCGAACUGUUGUUGUGGUUUUCAAAUCAGAAGAAUUCCGUAGUGACAGUAGAGUCAUGUUUACCUAUCAAAUCUCAGAUUGCAAUCGGGAAUAUAACCAAACAUUUGGCUCUCUGAGGAGCCCUGGCUGGCCAGAAAACUAUGGCAAUAACCUAGACUGCUCUACCAUUGUCAGAGCCCCAGAGAAUUACAAAAUCACACUCUUCUUCAAUUCCUUCAAUGUGGAGUACACAAGCGAAUGCAGAGAUGACUUCUUAGAGGUAAGAAAUGGAAGCGAUGGAAGCUCCCCAUUACUUGGCAAAUACUGUGGCCCUCUGCUCCCCAAUCCCAUCUUCUCUAAAAGUCACCUUCUAUAUCUACGAUUCAAAAGUGAUAUCAUGCAUUCAGGGCAUGGAUAUGAAAUCCUGUGGACAUCAUCCCCAUCUGCUUGUGGUGGACCUCUUUAUGGGGAUUCUGGCUCUCUUACUAGUCCUGGCUAUCCUGAUACCUAUGAAAACAACACUCAUUGUGAAUGGACUGUUACUGGCAGCGCUGGAAAAAUUCUUGUACUCAGCUUUUCUUUUUUCAGUAUUUAUGAUCCAGGAGAAUGCAUCCAAAACUAUCUGAUUCUUUAUGAUGGACCUGAUAGUAACUCUCCAUCAACUGGACCAUUCUGUGGAACGGGCACAAAUGCAGUUUCAUAUUUAACCACCACUCAUCAAGUCUUUAUAAAAUUUCAUGCUGAGUAUGCAGCUUCCCCAUCAGCAUUCCGCUUAACCUGGAGAAGUUCAGAUGAUUAUUGGGACUACUAAAGAGAUAAUCAGUUUAUGAAGUGUUUGACAAAAUGCUGCCAGCAUAAGAAGUGAGAAUUGAACAUUAUUUAUCGUCUAGUUCUGUUGUUGGGAACAACUUGUACUUUUAUCUUUUCCACCAUGAAAAAAUAUUCACACACCAUUGAAUAUGAAGUGAAUCUCCUGGAGUUUUAGAUAUGCUGCAUUUUAAAUUAUGUUUCAUAAAUUAAAAUAAAAAUGUCUCUUAAAUGUUUACUUAAAAGGCAUGUCAAAAUUGUUUUGCAAAUAAAAAAAAUGAAAAAGAUGGACUAGAAAUUUUUUUCAUUAUAACUAUUAAUCAUGAGAAAAUAAGCAAAAUAUAAUAGGACUUUAACAAGUGUGUUGUGUUAUAUUAACUUUUUGAAGUUCAUUAAAAAUUUGGUAAUUUUAUAUACA